AUGGCGCCGGCAUCCCCGGACGCAAGCAGCAACGACAGCCUGACACAGGGCCCAGGCAGGGGCAAAUACCUCACCCAAAUAGCAGCAGACCUGGCCACAAUCUCUGCCAAUAUGUUGUCCCGCACGGACAAGACAGAGAUGCUGGCUGAAAUAAGGACCGCGAUCAGAGAGGAGGUCAUGGAGGUGAGGAGAGAUCUGACAGCCCUAGAACGAAGAGUGGAGAACCUAGAGGCUGACCGGGCCCAAAAUUUACAGCACCAACAAGCCACAGACACUGCCACUACCAGACAAGGCAAUGUGUUACUUGAACUCAGGAGGCACCUGGAGGACUUGGACAACUGCGGGCAGAGAAAUAAUAUCCGCAUAAGGGGCCUCCCUGAGACCUCUGGGGAGGUGCUGAUGGAGCUCCUGCCGGGCCUGUUCAGCAGAACCUCACCUAUAUGGAUGCCCAGAUAUCCUUGUUCCAAGAUCUUUCUGUGCUCACUCUGGAAUCAAGAAGGGCGCUACGCCCGUUAA